AUGGCUACUGAAGAUGAUGGCAGCUCCUCCGAGCAGGCAGCUCCGAAGGCGGCAACCCCUGAACCGGCUGAGCCAAAGGAGCCGAAGGAGCCGAAGCCCAAGGCGCGGCCGUUGAAGCGCCCUGAGCCGAAGCCGGUGCCCAAAGGCCAAGGCCCAGGACCACCUCGCAAGCGAGUCAAGCAAGAGGUGGACUCGCCUUCACAUGACCCUCCAAAGGUGCCAGUCAAAGCACGGCCAAUGACGCCGACGCUGCCACCGAGAUCUGUCUCCGCCAAACAGGAGGAGAAAGAAGAUUCAGCGCCGAAGUCCCCGGCGAAGUUCCCGCGAAAGUCCCCGCCGACGUCCCCGCCCUCUCCCCCUGCUGAGCCGGCCAGCUCGUCCUGGCGCCCAGACUGGAAGGAGAGGGAUGAGGACAAGUGGUGGGAAACGGAUUGGGACAGGUGGGGUUCGUGGAGCUCAAGACACUCAGCGAACUCAGGCAGCUCUGCGCGCUGGAGUUCACCUGGCUCAGUGCGUCCAUGGGUCCGCCCGGCAGAGCCAAGUAGUCCGCCAAAACCAAAGCAAGCGCCGCGGGCAGGGAAGGGUGCGAGUCCGCCCAAGCCAAGGAAUGUACCGCCGCCGCGGGCAGGGAAGGGUGGAAACACGAAAGGCGGUUGCAAGGGUGGCGCCAUGGGCUUCAAGGCAGCAGUGCAGGAUCUGAGUCGCCGCAUGAGGCCACGGAGGGCAUCGCGCACCCCGCCUGCGUUGCACACCACGCCUCCGUCGCACACCCCGUCUGCCAGUCCAGCUGCUGGCGCUGCUGCCGUAGAUCGCCUUAGCGUAUGCCAAGUUCAGGCAGCCAACCUCAGACAAAGUGCGCAGCAUUUGUUGGUGCUCAGUAGCCGCACAGCGAAAGAUGUGACCCAGGAGCUGACCCGAAUCUCCCAGGAUUUGCUUGCAAGUGCAGUGGCGCUAGGCAAGAUCCAGACCAGGAUUAUUGAUGGCAAGGCAGUUUCCACACAGGUCCGCGCGGAAGUGAAAGAAAUGACUGAGCAGUUGCAGCAAGAGCACGGUGUGGUCCCUGGCAUUGCCAUGAUCCUGGUCGGUGAACGGCAAGACUCCAAGAGCUAUGUCGCCAACAAGACCAAAGCUGCCAGAGAGGUGGGCUUCCAUAUAGUUGAUGUGCACCUCCCGGAUAGCGUCGCCCAGGAGGAGCUUCUGCUGGAGCUUCAGAAGGUGAAUGAAGACCCGAAGGUGCACGGCAUCCUGGUGCAAUUGCCUUUGCCGGAGCACAUCAAUGAGGGUGCAAUUCUGAAGCAGAUUCGAGUAGACAAGGACGCUGACUGCUUUGCUGCGGAAAACGUCGGGAAUCUAUGUUUAAAAGGAGGUGACCCGCCCUUGGCUGUUCCUUGCACGCCUGCUGGUUGUGUUGAGCUUCUGCAGCGUAGCGGCGUGGAAGUGGCCGGCAAGUCAGUGGUCGUUCUGGGCAGGUCAAAUCUCGUGGGCAUGCCUAUGGCGCAGCUGCUGCUCUCAAUGGACGCCACUGUCACAGUAUGCCACUCGAAGUCACAGGAUGUGGCCCGGCACCUUUCCCGUGCUGACAUUGUGAUCGUGGCUAUUGGUCAGGCCCAGUUUGUGCGCGGAGAGUGGCUAAAGCCAGGCUGCGUCGUCAUCGACGUAGGUAUCAACUCAGUAGCAGAUGAGACAAAGAAGUCUGGUUAUCGCUUGGUUGGAGACGUGAACUAUGCAGAGGUUUUGGGAGUAGCUUCUAUGGUGACUCCUGUGCCGGGGGGCGUUGGGCCGAUGACCAUCGCAAUGCUCCUCAAGAACGUUUUGAACCUGGCGCGCCAAAGUGCAGGCCUUCCUCGUGUGCCCUUGCGACGUGAGGUCCCAGCGGUGGAGCCGCAACUUGCCUGA